AUGCUUUCUCACACCUUCUCGAAACUCUCCGUUUCCGUGCUCACGGUGCUCAGUGGGUUCUGGGUGACAGUCACCGCCAAGCCAGGGGUCGACCAGUAUAUCGCAAACCUGGAGGCUUCAAAUUCGAGUUUACUGCAAUACCCGACGCAGUUCACACAAAGUAUUGUGCCGAAGCAGAUCCAUUCUCACAAUGACUACUGGAGAGACGUGCCGCUGUUCACCGCACUGAGCUUUGGCGUUGCGAGCGUAGAGGCGGAUGUCUGGUUCAUCAACAACACACUCUACGUGGGCCAUGAAUUGGCGGCCCUCACCCCUGCAAGGACGUUUGACUCGCUCUACGUCCAGCCUCUGCUAAAAAUCAUCGCGGGCCAGAAUCCGAAGAAUGGAUUCACUGCGAAUCAGACGACGCCAAACGGUGUCUGGGAUACCAGUUCGGCAACUCCACUCCAGCUGUUGGUGGACAUGAAGACGGAUGGAGCGGCGACGCUCCCGCCCGUCUUACAGGCGCUCCAACCCUUACGAGACGCGGGUUACCUGAGCACUGUUGUUAACGACACCUUGGUCGAAGGACCCGUACUCGUCAUCGGAACCGGAAACACCCCCCUCGCCGGUGUGCAAGCGCUCUCACCUCGCGAUUUCUUCUUCGAUGCACCCCUCACAGGCCUCAACGACACCACCAAUGCCACAUGGAGUCCUACACUUUCACCCAUCGCUAGCACGGACUACGAGACCGCCGUGGGUUGGAGUGGGAUAGGAAAUAUUUCGGAGACGCAGAGGGCAACGAUUUUGUCGUUGGUGGCAGAAGCGGAUGCGUUGGGAAUUCCCUCGAGGUUUUGGGACACGCCUGGGUGGCCUAUCGCGGCGAGGGACACAGUGUGGAAGGAGUUGCUGGAUGACGGCGCAUUUUGGUUGAAUGCGGAUGAUCUGGAGGCGGCAAGCCAGUUCUAG